CGUCCGCCAGCGCGCGGCUCCUCCCCGCCGAGGCCGACGUCGCCGCUGCCGCAUCCGCGAGUGCUUUGCUUCUCCUCUAACAUGGCAGACUCUGAAAACAAGGGAUCUGCGGAGCCGAGCCCCGCAGCUGCGGAGGAGGUAAUGGCGGAAACCGGUGCGCAGGGUGGAGACUCCGACAGCGCGGCCGGUCAGAUGGCAGAGGCGCCCCAGCCCCCCGCAGAGAAUGCAGCAAAGCCUAGAAAUGACUUUAUCGAGAGCCUGCCCAGCUCGGUGAAAUGCCGAGUCCUUGCCCUCAAAAAGCUUCAGAAGCGAUGCGAUAAGAUAGAAGCCAAAUUUGAUAAGGAAUUUCAGGCUCUGGAAAAAAAGUAUAAUGACAUCUAUAAGCCCUUACUUGCCAAGAUCCGUGAGCUCACCGGCGAAAUGGAGGGAUGUGCAUGGACCUUAGAGGCCGAGGAGGACGAGGAGGAGGAAGAUGAGGAGGUGGAGGAAGAGGAGGAGGUAGAGGAGGAAGAUGAGGAGGAGUCGAACGAUGAGGAUCCUCACUCUGAGGUGUCUGAUGACGCCGAGAAAUAAGAGGAGGCAGAAAUUGAAGAGGAGAAAGAAGACGAAGGGAGGAAAAAAAAGAAACCCCAAGCAAUUUUGAACAUUGGAGGACUUUAAAAAGGCUCAGGUUUUUGAUUAAAAUACAAUGUGAACCAAUUCUUACCUUCCUAAAAUAUAUUCAAUCAAGCAAUCAGAUCCUGGCCAGCCCAUAAGUUUCAGAUUUGAUUUUCAUUUUGAACACAAUAAAUGUAUCAAAAGAUGUUGAAGAAGAGGAGUUAAACCUGUAUUUUUUCUUGAUUUCUUCUGUGAAAAUUGGAAAUUGAGACUUCUAGUGUCAAGUAGAUGUCAAAUACAGAAUGUCACUUUGAAACCCAUUCAUGAAACUAUCACACUAUAAAUGGAACACCGGAGCCAAGACUGAAGGCAUUCUCAAUGCUAAAUUGUUCAAUUCCUUUAGUCCUCUUGAAAGUUCCUAGUGCAGAAAAAGUAGAGCCCAAGAAAAAUGUUAUCUUUAUUUCAGACUUUGCUUUUGUAACCCAGAGAUCCGCUUUCCACGUCCGAGGAGAGUGUUGGGAUGGAGGAAGCUGGUGAUGGAGAUCAUGACAUUACUGUUGAUGAGGCCAGAAAAACUGCCACUUCCAGUUCUGAAGAAUGUUCUUGAAUAUCUGAAUUUAGGGAAACAACCUGGUUCAGUGAAGGAGGGCGUAUAACCUGUAUAAUAUCUUCAGAACAUCUAUUCAUUACUUACAAUCUCACGCUUAUGUGUUUUCUUGGUACUGUCUAUUUACGAAAGAGUUAAAAUGCUUAAGUAGUAAAUAAUUUUACCUAUUCUGAAGAAUUCAUUUUCUUGAAGAGAUGUAGAAUACAGCAAAUUCUCUAAAGCAUGUCUAUCCAGUGUUACGUAGUUUGAUCCCUGUGAAGUCUUUUUGCCAUGUAGCUCUUAGAAUGUAGCUGUGAAAAUUACCAGAAUUCUUCACUGAAACGAAUAUAUUUGGAAAAAAUAUACACUUGAAGAACUAGUCCAAGUGUGUGCCCCCACCCCCAGCUCAGAAGUAGCUUGUAUUAGCUGUGACUUCAUUAUUUUGCUAUGUAAAUGUGACAUAUUAAAUAUAAGAUGGUGCAUAAUCAAAUUUUACUGCUUGAAGAUAGCCUGGCAUACAGUUAAGGAUUUUCAGGAAGAACACAUUUAAUGUAAAGAUUCAGCUUAUUUGUGAGUUUUGAAUUGUGUGUGACCCAGUGAUCUAUAAAGAGACAUAAACAUAAGGUGGUUUACCACUGUGGUGUUAAUAAAACUUAGUCUUUUCAAACAUUUUCCUCUUCUCAUACUGUGUAUUGGGUAAAUAAGGUGACUAAGCAUAUUUUCUGUCUGGUAAAUCUUCACUAACAUUGUCACUUUAUCAUUCUUUCAUAACUUAAAGUGAAUAGAAUCAAAUAACCAACAAGGAAAUGAAUGUUUGCAUAGGCAACAGUUUCUUGUUUGAAGCUACGUGCCUAUCCACACAAGUCAUGAGGAUGAUAACGAUGUAUUCGUUCACUGCUUCUUCCCUAGCACUCAGCAUAGUACCUGGCGUAUAGUAUGUAUUUAAUAAGUACUUGUAGAAUGAGUGAAUGUCCAUAAUUACACUUACAAGUACAUACUUAAUGUCUGAAAAAUAAAUAAGCUGGUGCUUCCCAUAUAUCUAAAACUAUCGAAACAUGCAUCACUAUAUCUCAUAAUUAAGAAUUAACACAAUUUUAUUUUAGCAAAUAGCUAAGAAGAAAAAUCUAGAAAAUGGCAGAAGACUGCGCACACACACACACAAAUUUGGAGACGGCCCUACUAAACUGUAGUUAUCCAGGAACUGUAUUAACAGAAAAGAACACAAAUUUCCGAGAAAGUUAAUCAACUAAAUCAACUCCUCAGAAGAGUUAAUGAUAACUCAUUCUACUUCAGAUGCCUGAUAGGAUUAGUUGGGAAAUUCAGCCACAUUGACAGAAGUCAACUGAACAAAUAUCAUUCAGUCUAGGUGCAGUUCUGCAGAGAAGGCCCACUAGAUGGAGUUCACAAUGUUUAACAGUGCCAUUAAAGAACGCUCCUUGCUGAGCUGGUUCUCAGAUACCUACUGAGUGAUCUGUCUUGACCUCCUUCUCUCUAAUCUAGGUCUCAGCCCUCCUUUUCUCAUACAUCUUUCCUCACCAAAUCCCAUUCCUAAGGGCUCAAUCCUUAUUAACUUAAACUGGAUGCAAAUGAAAUCAUACAAUUUUGAAACACAAAAGGCAUGUCUAUGUAUAUUGACUCCCUCCUUUGAAAAUCCAAGAAACUGAGGCACAGUGUCAUAACAAGCUCCAAAGUACCCAGUUUGCGGAUUCCUAAUUCCAGGUUUUUUUUCACUGAAAAACGUUCCCACAUAGAAAGUUUCUGCAGCCCUCUUUUCUUUCUCUUCCCUUUCAUAGCAAAAUCACCUAACUUUAUACUUAUUUUUGUUGUUUUAAUUUUGCCCUUCCACUUUUCUCUUCCAUCUGACUCCCAGAACCAGAGAUAGAGAUCCCUGUUUUGGCCGCACCAUUCUAAACACUCAGUUUCUGCAAUCUUUUUGGAGAGAGGUGUUUGGUGAUCUGACCCCUGAGGUCUCUUUGACAUCACUGGCUUUCUUCGCUUUUGUUGCCUUUCUGCAUACUUAAAAUACUGGAGCUGGAAGGAAAACUACAGAGCAGCCUUUCCCAAACAGUUCUGUCGAGCAGCAGCUUGACGACAUGAUAAUUUUUGGAACAAAAAGCAAGGGGUUCUGUAACUCUUAUUACACUAAGCUUGGGAAAUGCUGCAUAACUAAAUUCUUCUCUCAGAGAUUCACAAUGCACAUCAGCUUUUCAAGGACACUGACAAGUUGUUGCUGGCUGUUGUCAAGUUGAUUCUGACUCAUAGUAACUCCACGUGACAGAGCAGAA